UUAAACAGGGAUUCCUUGCAGCUCUGUGCUCAUCCAAUAAGGGGGCUACAGGAGAAAGCAAACAGCAAAACACUAAAUGGAGAAGGAUUCUUUUGGCUUCCUGAGUUACCUGCAUCCUUUUGCAAGGCUGAGAAUGACAGAGGAAGAUAUAUUUGUACACCACACUGCCGUGAACAAGAAGGAACCCAGGAAGUGCCUUUGCGGUGUGGGAGUCGGAGAGGUGAUGGGGUUUGACGUUCAUGAAGGGGAGAGCCUGAGGAGGCAGCAAAUGUGGCAGGCCCUGGAGGUGGAGCUCCAGGACAAGGCAGGAAAAUACGCAACAGCAGCCCCUAACCAUUACGGAUGCCGUCCAGGCCGCAGGGGUCCACCCGCAGUUCUGGCCAGAACCGCCGGCAGGGUCAGAGUGGGGAAAGGAGGACGCAUGGGGAGAGCGCUCCGAGGCCAGGAGCCCUCAGCACUGCAGGACUCAGCUCGCACGUGGCCACAGGUGCAGAGCCGAGAGGUGGCAACCACCGCGGGUGCAGGAGGGCACCAUACCUGGGUGCCGAAGAACAAGGUAGACCAGUGAGAUAGUUUGUAUGGCAGUUACAGACCACCAUGCUGAUGGGGGCCCUCCCACCUCACACUGCCUAGAGAAGACAAGGAAAGUGAAUGAGAUGAGACCCAAGGUCAGCAGCCACCUCAGCGCUGGUCACAGAUGCCCAGAAAACCCUCAACCACACUAUGGCUGGAACACAAAAGCAGCCCAGCUGAGGAUUUGUCUGGUCCCGAGGUAGAGCAGGGUGGGGCUGAGUAAAUGCGACCUACAUCUCUACCAUCAUCCUGUCUAGUCAUCCAACAAGAAGAAAUGAAU